AGAUAACAUGCCCUCAUGUACGGAGUAGUCAGUUAUGCUCAACGGCGUGACCCCCCUGCCUGCAUAUUUUGCACCAGGGGUGAUCCUGCGAAAUAGUACGACGUCCCCUGCUCGAACGGACUCCCUGUUUGGGAUCAAUUACAUCCAUUUGCAAUGCAUUUCAUUGAAAGGUAUUCACGGUUCCAACAGUAGAGUAUAAGUCAUGGAAAGCCGGAGGUUUUGACAAAAUAUUUCACGGCAUGUGGCAAGCUACCGCGACAAUGAACGCAUACUAUCUCUAUAGAGGUGGAUGGAUCAACCGCGGCCAGACGUCGGAGUUAAA